CCGCACUGUAGAUAACCCGGAAAUACAUUUAAUGACCUCGUCCCAUCAUCGGCUGACUUUCACGUUUACGCAGUGGUCUUCUUCUUUUUAAAUCUUUCUGAUUUUGUUAUUUGCUAUAUUAAAAGGCGAGGUCAAAGGAAAAAAGCUGUGAAGGCAACAGCGAUACUAUUAGCACCAUUUAAGUAGAAAUAAUUCACCACCAUGUUUCUCACCCUCGCCCUGCUGAGGAAAGGCAUCCCUGGGAAGCAGUGGAUUGGAAAGUAUCGGCGCCCGCGACAAAUUACCUGGCAGAUGAAACGCAACACGCUGAAGCAUCUGGAGCGUGAGGCUGAAAACGAAUACUGGAUCAGCCGGCCCUACAUGACCGUGGAGCAGGAGUACCGUCACGCCGCCGAGCGCCGAGCUCAGAACUGGCUCAAGAUCAAAGAGUCCAAAUUUGCCAAUUUCCCUGAACACAAGCACAUCACAGAUCACCUGAGUCAUCUCAGAAUCACCAAGACGUGGUCAAGUUAAUGCGAGCAGAGAAACGUCAAGCAAAGACUGACAAUGUAACAUGUUGAUGUGUGCAGGAAAGCUCUGUUUUGUUGUGUGAAUUAUGAAUUAUGAAUUUGAAGCAGAACUUUCUUUGUGAGCUGAAAAGCUACUGAGAGAAGUCGUCAAUGAAGUCCACUGUUUCAACAUUUCUGUAAAUUGUGAUUUCUGUAUCACAGAUUGCAUCCACACUGCAACAGGACUGUAACUGCUUCACAUUCAGUGCUUCUCCUUUGGAUAAAAUCUCCUUAAGAUUUUUUCUGGCUUAUUAUAGUGCUCAUUAAGAAAAUGCACUUUUAAGUUGAGAAAAACAGGUUUCCCACUGGUUAUAAAUUCUCUCUAAUUAUACAAACCGCUGAAGUGUAGUCUGUGAUGAAAGUGUCAGAGGAAUAAUAUGAAGUGUCUGGAGAGGAAGGGACAAAAUUAUGUAAUUUCACAAAGGGUUAAUUUCACUGUAAUGUGGCUGAAUGCAUUCUGCUGUGACAGUCAGUGAGCCCAGAUGUAUCUCCACUUGAAGUGUUUAAUCCCUUUGAACCUCUGAAGUUAGAAAAACCGCAAAGGAAUACAUUGUUAAGGUUCAUUAAAGGAUUCUCAGUUUAA